CUCGACGCGGCAGGUGUGCCACUUGUGUGCCAUGCCCUGGCAGUCAGUGAGUGACACUUGUUUGUGCAGAACGCCACGGAGGAUCUAGCUCUGGCGUGUUUCAUUUUUCAAACUAACCGCAGGAAGACUUCCUUUCUCGUUUCCCAAAAAAAUCCUAGUGGACCGCAAGUAUGAAGCCUGCAGCCUUUUCGAGAACCCUUGCUCCUUUGGCACCCAAAGAAGAAGAUCUAGAAAUGGAGCUCUCUUCAAAUACUCGUUCUCAGCCAUUCAGCCUGUCUAAGUUCUCUAGAAACAUGUUUCAUUUGAAACCCCUGAAGGAACCAGAUGCAGAAGAAUUUCCACCAUCCAGAAAUCCGUCUGAAGUUGGAGAUGUUGAUGGCAAGGAGUCAACAGGCAACCCUGGCACAGACAACACCGAUGGUGUCAGUGGUAUAGAUGAUGGCCUAUUACCUGAAAAACCCCAUCAAUUUCCAAGACCAGGAGACCCUAAAUUCAACGGAGAGUAUCCUGUAUCUCUGCCGGAUGUACCAUUUGGUGUUGGGUUUGGCUCCAGCCCUGACUUUCCCGAUGUGAAUGUAUAUCAACACAAGAAGACUGUUGCUCAAGGGAUGAUGGACAUCGCUUUGCUGUCUGCUAAUGCCAACCAACUACGAUAUGUAUUGGAGAGUGGUGGAAGCCAUCCAUAUUACUUCGCAAGUUUGACAUUGAUUGGUAUUAGUCUCCUCCUGCAGGUUGUUGUUGGAGUAGGCCUGAUUUUAAACAGCCGGUACAAUGUUACUUAUGAGACAAGUAUGCGAAAAGCAAAUCGGAUUAACAAUUAUACUGUCCUUGCAAUAUUUUUAAUCACAGUUAUGAAUGUUUUCAUAUCUGCUUUUGGCAUUGCCACUAACAAUUCGGGUUCUAACUUUCCUGUUUCUCCUCGUCUUGAGGAUGGUACAGGUGCAGAGCUACCCACAGAUAUGCCUCUUACCUCAUCUUAGACUUGCCCUUAAAUUAAUUCACUGUCAGACAUUGGUAACAGUAGCUAGCUAUGAGCUUGAAUGAGAUAUCAAAAAAAAUGGUACCUGCUAAUACAUUUUAUUUACUUAUAACUAAGCCCCUAAUAUCAAAAAAAGAAACUGAACCUGUAGUAAUUUUGGUCGUCAGGAUAAGUGUUUACAUUUCAAUUUUGUUUUACUUGUACGCAUACCUGAUCACAUAACUGCAUUUCACUGCAUGAAUAUUAGAAUUAGUAUUUUUAUUGUGUCUGUGAUAUCCACCUUAGAAAAUGUGGACUUAUAAUCACUUUGUUGUUUUUUGCAAUAUUCUGCCUUUUCAUGUAGUUAUUCUGUAUUCUCAAUUUUGUUUGUGAAGAUUUUUAUUUUAUUGUUGUUUGACUGUUGUGAUAGAAUGAUAUUACAUUUCCACUUCUUUGCUGCCAUUGUCUGUAACUGAAUCUUGGCAUUUAUCUUGUCACAAGACUCACUUUGCUUUGGUGUCUCAUUUUCUUGAAUACUCAGUUCUCAGUUGUGUCCUGGUGCUAUCUGUUCCUAUUUUUAUUUAUCUUAUAUGAAAAGAUUGUUUAUUUCUGUUUCCCUUUGCUCAACAUUGUUGAAUAUACGGGUAAAAUGUACGCUCUCUUUGCAAUGGUUGCACCACGUUUCUUCCAGAAACAAGCUUGAAUCUCGAUAUUUUAUUUUGUACUCAUACUGUUGUCCGUCCUGUGCUAUGCUCUUGUUUUAAGGAGACUACUAAACGUUACUAACAAAGAACUAAAACCAAAAAUGUCGUCUACUGUAUUUGCAAUAAACCACAUGAAUCUCUGUUGAA